UAGUAAAGAGUCAUCAAACAAGACAGAGGUGCAGCACUUCCAGCUGGAAAGGCAAACUCCCAGGCUUUCUAGCCCUUAACACCACCAUGGACACAAAAGCCUGCAGCUCUAAGAAAUGCCUCCAGCUCCUCCUUUUGCAGGUUGCUCUCCUAGGGCCUGUCUUCUGUGGGAAGGUGUUGGUCUGGCCAACAGAAGGCAGCCACUGGCUGAAUGUGAAGAUAGUUAUAGAGGAGCUCAUCCGCCGCGGGCACAGUGUUACCGUUCUGGUCUCCAAUGCUUCCCUCUUCAUUAAACCCAAGGCUGAAGCGGGAGAGCAGUUUGAGGUCUAUAAUGUGCCUUUCAAGAAAGACACCAUUGAGAACCUGAUAGGGGAUGUAGUUGCACUGUGGCUGAAUAACAGGCCAACCACUUGGACCUUCUGGCAGUUUUACAAAGAGCUAGGAAAAUUCUCCAGGAACUGGCAUCAGAUGAACAGGCUGAUGUGCGACGCAGUGCUGGCUAAGCCAGAGCUGAUGGCCCACCUGCAGCGCUCUAGCUAUGACCUGCUGUUGUCAGACCCUGUGACCCUCUGUGGGGACCUCCUGGCUCUCAAGCUGGUCAUCCCCUUCGUCUACUCACUGCGCUUCUCCCCGGCCUCCACUGUGGAGAGGCACUGCGGCAAGGUCCCAGCCCCACCGUCCUACGCACCUGCAGUGCUCUCGGAGCUGACCGACCACAUGUCCUUCAGCGAGAGAAUCAAAAACCUUGUGUCUUACCACCUGCAGGACUACGUCUUCCAGAGCUUCUGGGGACAAUGGGACAGCUACUACAGUGAGAUCUUAGCUGACAAUAGUCAUUGGCUGAACAUGGAGUACCUGCUCCAGGACCUUGUGGACCGGGGGCAUGAGGUGACUGUGCUGGUGCCUUCAUGCUUCCUCAUCUUCAAUACCACAGAACCCUCACCCUUCCAGUUUGAAGUGGUGGAGGUGCCGCUGACCAAGGAGGAGAUGGCUGCCGCACUGGAAGAAGCUUUCUACUUCUGGUUUUACCGAGAGAGAGAGCUACCUCUCUGGAAAAGUGUUUUCGAGAUUGGUCAGAUACUGUCUGAGAUGGAGAGAAUAACCAGGGUCAUUUGCGAUGCAGUCCUGAAGGACGAGGCCCUGAUGGAGAGACUGAAGGCAUCCACCUUCGAUGUGCUCUUGGCAGACCCGCUGGCACCCAGCGGGGAGCUGUUUGCCGAGAAGCUGGGCAUCCCCUUUGUCUACACCAUCCGAUUCUCCAUAGGCAACACAGUGGAGCGGCUCUGCGGGAUGCUCCCGGCGCCUCCGUCCUACGUACCAGCCACCCUAAGCUGUCUAACAGACAGGAUGCCCUUCCUGGAAAGGCUGAAGAACACAGUGACCUAUGCAGUGCAGGAUCUGGUGUAUCAUCGCUUUUUUUGGGGAAGCUGGGAUCAGUACUACAGUGAUGUUUUAGGAAGGCCCACAACCCUGUGUGAGACGAUGGGGAAAGCAGAGAUAUGGUUAAUCAGAACAUACUGGGAUUUUGAAUUUCCACGCCCUUUCCUGCCCAACUUUGAGUUCGUUGGAGGACUUCACUGCCAGCCUGCAAAGCCGUUACCAAAGGAAAUAGAAGCCUUUGUUCAGAGCUCAGGGGAACAUGGCAUCAUUGUGUUCUCUCUCGGGUCAAUGGUCUACAACUUAACUGAUGAGAAAAGUAACAUGAUUGCCAGAGCCCUCAGCCAGCUUCCGCAAAAGGUCCUCUGGCGGUACAAAGGAAAGAAACCAGAAGCGCUGGGCCCCAAUACCAGGAUUUAUGACUGGAUACCCCAAAAUGACCUGCUUGGCCACCCCUUGACAAAAGCCUUCAUUACUCAUGGGGGGACCAAUGGGAUCUAUGAAGCCAUCUACCAUGGGAUCCCAAUGGUUGGGAUUCCCAUGUUUGCAGACCAACAUGACAACAUCAUUCACAUGAAGGCCAAGGGAGCUGCAGUUGCCCUGGACUUCAGCACAAUGAAGACACAAGACCUUGUUGAUGCACUGAAUACAGUCAUCACAAACUCCACCUAUAAGGAAAAUGCUCUGAGGUUAUCCAAGAUACACCAUGACCAGCCCCUUAAGCCUCUGGACAGAGCUGUCUUCUGGAUUGAAUUUGUCAUGCGCCACAAAGGAGCAAAGCACUUGAGACCAGCUGCUCACCAGCUCACCUGGUACCAGUACCACUGCCUGGAUGUCCUUGCAUUCUUGUUUGUCUGUGCAGCCACUGCUAUCUUCCUUCUUAGCAAGUGCUGCUUGUUUUGCUGUAGGAGAUGUGGCAGUGUUACAAAGAGAAAGACAGAUUAGACAUCCUGGGCCCAUCAGCAGGUUUUCUUCUUCCAGGCUGAUUCAGCAAAGCAUUUAUAUGCAUUCCUUGCUGAGUAACAUCAGGAUAUGCCUUAAAGCUGAGCAUAUUGUGAAUCACCUUGCCAAACUGGUACUGCUGUGGGGCAGAGCUGCUGGCAUAACUAGAAAAUUCCUUCUGGCCUCAACGAGAUUGAAUUAUAGUUUCUUUAUCCCUUGGGAACCUGUAAGUUAAUCACACACAGACCCUAGAAUGGUAAUUGCUGCUUUAACUUUUCAAAUUCAUGUUGAGAUUAUUUCAUAAAUCCAGCCUUCCCAUGGGUGGGAAUCUGCAACUAGUCUCCUUGCCCUGGCCCUCUCUUCUCCUGUAAUGCCUCCCAGGCUUGAUGAUUCCCAACCAAAAUGCUCUCUUCUAAGAACAGUUCUCUCCAGAUUGGACUGCCCAUCUGAAUGGCCAAAAUCAUGAAAACUUCAGAACUGCAGGGGGCUGGUGAAGCCAGCAUCUGUCAAAUGCACUGACUGCCUGGGGGCUGAGGGGAGACCUUAAUCCUAAAGCCUUCAGAGAAAUUACUUUCCUGAGAAGCGUUUCUUCCCCACUCAGUCUCAAGUUCCUCCUGUGCAGGCCACCAUUCUAAUUGCAAGACCUACAGAUGUGUGAAGACAACCACUGCUGGGAACCUGUUCUAAGCACACUGACAAAGGCAGGAAAUAUCUAGAGAGAGACCUUGCAAAGUAGCAUUCUGCAUGGGAACAGAGAAACAGUCACUUGCCUUGCCUGAAAAGUGGGAGGAAAACCAAUACUGCUUGUGGCUCUGGUGAGAGUGGACAAUCUCAGGAUUGCUGCGUCGGCAACCAAGGUACACCCACUGCAAAAAGCCCACAAAAUGAUGCUACUUCAGACCUCCUCAUCUAGGCAAUGUUGUCCCUCUGCUGGGCUAGCUUAUGCAAGGAAGAGCUUGCCCCAGUUUUAACUGCUUCUUGUCCCAUUCAGGAUGAUGCAGGACUGUUUUCAAACAGGACAGGCUAAGUUGUACUUGUUUACACAAUAAAAUUCCUGAUCCUACAGUAA